GCCCGCCCCUUCUCUCUCUUCAUCGAAGACGUCGUUUUCCAUCCAGACCGAAGGAAAAAACGGUGUUAAAAGGAGAGUCGGACGUAGGUUUGACAGGUAAAAAGGAGAACCUAAGCUGUUUCACCGGGAGGAAAAUAGGUGUUUUAGGAGGAGGUAACGGCAGUCCUCACCGACGCUCCUUUUCCGGCUGAUCAGUGACUGAAGAGGACGAUGCUCUCUUGAGUUGCUCACAACCCUCCACCCCUUCAUUCUCUGUCCUUGUCAACACAGUUGUCUCUUAUCAUGAAUCACACUCCCAGCCCCCACCUGUCCGAAGGCAGCAAGUCAGCUGGAGGUGGCCUCCUAUGCAGCCUGGGUCUGGGAUCUGAUAGGGGGAUACGCUCCCCAGACAGCCUCACCCACACCCCCAGCCCCACCGGAGAAACACCUAGCUCCAGCCCCCCGCUGCUGCUGUCGCCUGGGCUGGGGAGCCUCGGUUUGUGCUCUCUGGGGGCCAUGAGCGAGGGAGCUGGAGCUGAUUGGGAGAGCAGAGAGGAACUGAGGCUCAGAGAGCUGGAGGAGGCUCGAGCCAGGGCGACUCAGAUGGAGAAGACGAUGAGGUGGUGGUCAGACUGCACAGCCAACUGGAGAGAGAAGUGGAGCAAGGUCCGUGCUGAGCGUAACCGUGCUCGUGAUGAGGUCCGUCAGCUGAGGCAGCGGCUGGACACACUCACCAAGGAGCUAACCAGUGUUCGGCGGGAGCGUCAGGAACUUGCCUCAGAGAAUGAGAUGCUUCGGCAGGAGACGCUGCAUCUCCAUGGCGACCACGCGGCUCCUCCUCCAUCUGCCACUUCUUUCUCCCCCGCACGCCCUCGUGGUGCUUACUCUUCCUCUACUCCCUCUAUCUCUCCCUCCUCUGCUGCUUCCUCCUCCUCCUCUCAGGUCCACACAGAUGGCAAGCUGGACAGGGUGGGGGAGGGAUUACCAGCAUCUUCAGAACCAGAACCAGAAGCAGAACCAGUGAGAGAUGUGGACUUGGACAGACAAAAAAUUGGUCAACAAAAGGACCUGGAGUUGUUGGAAUCUGUCCUGCAUUCCAGGACCCCAGGCACAGACACACAGGAGACCUGGGACAGUCACACCGGUAGUGGUGGUGUUAACCCAGCUGGCUCUCGCUCAUCCACUGCUCUGAGCCGGCAGGAACGAAGCAGGCAACUGUGGGAAGACAUAACCACGGUGGAUGAAGACUCCAGCAAACUCAAUGCCCUGCAGCUUCGCCUGGAUGAGUCCCAGAAAGUUCUGCUCAAAGAAAGAGAAGACAAGCUUCUUCUAAGUAAGAGCAUUGAGAGGCUGGAGGCCGAACUCAGUCAAUGGAAACUUAAAUAUGAAGAGCUCAGCAAGAGCAAACAGGAGGCCCUCAAACAGCUGAACCUGCUGAAGGAGAUGCACCAGGAUGAACUUGGCCGCAUAUCUGAAGAUUUGGAGGAUGAACUGGGAGCUCGAACUAGUAUGGACAAGAAAUUAGCUGAACUUCGAGCUGAGAUGGAGAGGCUGCAGGUGGAGAAUGCUGCUGAGUGGGGGCGUAGAGAGCGUUUGGAGACAGAGAAACUAGCCCUGGAGAGGGACAACAAGAAACUGAGGACUCAGGUUGAAGACCUGGAGGAGCAAUUGGCUAAGAAACGCCGGCAGGCAGCCUCUGCGCUCGACACCGACCUUAAGGCCAUUCAGAGCGAACUGUUUGAGAGAAACAAGGAGCUGGCUGACCUUCGCCAUGUUCACGCUAAGCUAAAGAAGCAGCUCCAAGAGAAGACAGCAGAGCUCGCCCAUACCAACCGGAGGGUGGAGAGCCACGAGGCCGAAGUAAAAAAGCUACGGCUGAGGGUAGAGGAGCUUAAGAAAGAGUUGGGACAGGCUGAGGACGAGUUGGAUGAGUCUCACAACCAGACCAGAAAGCUGCAGAGGUCUCUGGAUGAGCAGGUGGAACACACAGAGAACCUGCAGGUGCAACUGGAACACUUACAGUCAAGCCUGUGUGCUCCCCCGAUCAUUGUUUCCUCCGGUUUACUGCGGCGACAGCAGCAGAGUCCUGGUCUAUUUGGGAAGAUACGAUCAGCUCGAUUCAGUCCUGAAAAUCCAGAUGGUCCGAGCAGCGACAUGGACGAAGAGGAGGAAGAACUGCAGCUCCAGAUCCCAUGACAUAUGCACAGACACACAUCUGCCCUUUAGCAAAAACUUCAUAUUCCCAAUUUUCAGUUUUUCAGCAGGAAUUAAUACUGUCAAGCAAUCAGUAUCACAUUUUUAUCUCAGAGUCUGUACAUAUUCGUUUGGAUACAAAUUAAAAUAGCUUCAGCUGCUUGCUGGGUAUGUCAUCAAUCAAUCAUUAAUUAAAAGAAAGCAGUUUUAAUCAAAUAAAAGAUCUAUGCUGUUUAUUCCAGAAGAAAGAUGAAAGAAACAGAAGAAUUUGGAAAAAGUCAGUGAAGCAAAGUUUUUAUCAAGUAUUUAUCCAAUGAAGUUCAUAGUGUCUAAAGUUACUAUAAUGUUUUAACCUUAUUUUCUGUGAUCAGACACAGCGGCGAGGGGACAGUGGGGGACACCGCCCCAGUGAACAUCAGCUGGUUUUUAAACACGUCACAUACCACCUAGUGACACCUCUGACGAAGACGGAAGGCUCCGUCGAAACAUGUCCGGUAUAAAUUUUGACAAAAUUACGUGUCUGAUCACAGAAAAUAGGGUUAAAACAUUUUAUCAAGUAGCAGUGUGAUAAGCACACAUCUUUUCUUCAUAGAGACAAAACACACAAUAUACACAAAGUAUCAUACGUGCUUGGACAUAGUUGCAUAUAGACACAGUCACAAGAUCAAACCCAACCAGACUAAGACAGACAACAACAGGAUGUCCACUCAGUGCAGUACUGGCUGAAAGAAUCUUUUCCUUUUUUUCCCCCAAUUGAUUUGUUGACAAACUUCCAACAAACCACUCUCAAAGAGGCCGACAUGUUUAAUCCUUUCAACGACUCAGUCAUUCUUACCUCAUCUGAACUGUGCUGCUGUAUUCUGCAUCAGCAAUAUUAGCUACAAGGAAAAGGCAUUUUAUGUUAUUUUUUAGAUUUGAUGUGUUUGUUAAUAUAUACCAAGGGAACACUAGUCGUUUUAUGAUUUCACAUGUUGCUUAAUUUUUUUUGCCACCAUUUAAAAAAAAAAAAAAAAAAUUUCAGUAUUUUUUCUCAGCUAACAAAGACUCAAAAUCUUCUUUGUGAUGUGAUGUGCUUGUAUUUAAUGUUUUCUGACCAUUGUUGGGAGCGCACUGCACAAACUUUACACUCAGAAAAUAGUAUGUCUCUGUCCUCUGAUGAGCUGCAGCCCACUGUGUGUAUGGCACUAAACUUGUGAUUGACAACUCUCGUCCAACAAGAGAGUUGACUUCUGAUACAUGUCUAUACAUGAGGACAUUUUUAUUUUGUGUAUUUUCUACAGAUUAUAAAAGAAUCUCAAAGGUAUCAAAACUAGCACAACUGGCUGUCAUUGUCAUUUGGGGAUAUCUGCACAAAGUUGAGCUUCUUUCAACUCUUCCCUGUAGUGUCACUGUGCUCCUCUAGAGUCUCUGUAGAUUAGUGGGUGAAACCAGGCUACGAUUUCAUGUUCCAUUCCCAAGAGUAGCAGCCCGUCAGCGCACGUGAACAGUGCUUUCAUAGGUGCAAAUUAGGAUUACAUUCACAUGGUUGAGCAGGAGUUUGCUGCCUUUCCAGACUUUGUAUUCAUCAUUCUGCAAUCAGUCAAUGUUCAAACUGGGAGAAAGUCCACUACAUCUCUCCAUAGAUGGUUGUGAUUGUCCUGCAAUUGCAUUGUGGCUUUUUAACAUGAAGAGUGUGUUCCUAAGGCAGCUAAUAUUUGCAUGAAAUGAUAUUAAAUAGGCAAAUUUACACUAAUAGGCUGUCUUCAGAGCUGAACCUGACCUAAGGAUGUGGUGUUUUAUGUUCAUAGACACAUUGUAAACUCGGUUUGGAAGAACGUACUCUGAUUUAAAAAAAAAAAAAAAAAAAGUCAUCUGACCACGAUAAUUUACCAACACAUGGCCCACCAAAAGUAUUCAACUUCUUUUUGCCAAUAUAUGAUGAUUUACAUUUCAAUCAGUCAAUCAAAGUUUAUUUGUAUAGCACUUUACAACAGCCCAAAGGGUGACCAAAGUGCUUCACAGUAAAAAACAAGAGAAUAACUUAAAAACACUGUAGUAACUUAGAACAAUCACACUCGCACCUAUGGGCAAAUGUAGAAUGUUCAGUUAACCUCAGCAUAUUUUUGGAGUGUGGGAGGAAACCCAUGCAUGCACAAGGAGAACAUGCAGAAAGACCCUGGGAAGGCCAAGACGCGUCCCAGGGAUCUUCUACAUACGUGGACAAAAUUGUUGGUACCCCUCAGUUAAAGAAGGAAAAACCCACAAUUCUCACUGAAAUCACUUGAAACUCACAAAAGUAACAAUGAAUAAAAAUUUAUUGAAAAUUAAAUAAUCAAAAUCAGCCAUCACUUUUGAAUUGUUGAUUAACAUAAUUAUUUAAAAAAAACAAACUAAUGAAAUAGGGCUGGACAAAAAUGAUGGUACCCAUAACUUAAUAUUUUGUUGCGCAACCUUUUGAGGCAAUCACUAAAACGAUUUCUGUGUUUGUCAAUGAGCGUUCCGCAGCUGUCAACAGGUAUUUUGGCCCACUCCUCAUGAGCAAACAGCUCCAGUUGUCUCAGGUUUGAUGGGUGUCUUCUCCAAAUGGCAUGUUUCAGCUCCUUCCACAUAUGUUCAAUGGGAUUCAGAUCUGGACUCAUAGAAGGCCACUUUAGAAUAGUCCAACGCUUUUCUCUCAGCCAUUCUUGGGUGUUUUUGGCUGUGUGUUUUGGAUCGUUGUCCUGUUGGAAGACCCAUGACCUGCGACUGAGACCAAGCUUUCUGACACUAGGCAGCACAUUUCUCUCCAGAAUGACUUGAUAGUCUUCAGAUUUCAUCGUACCUUGCACACUUUCAAGACACCCUGUGCCAGAUGCAGCAAAGCAGCCCCAAAACAUUACUGAGCCUCCUCCAUGUUUCACCGUAGGGACAGUGUUCUUUUCUUCGUAUGCUUGGUUUUUGAGUCUAUGAACAUAGAGUUGAUGUGCCUUACCAAAAAGCUCCAGUUUGAUCUCAUCUGUCCAAAGGACAUUCUCCCAGAAGCUUUGUGGCUUGUCAACAUGCAUUUUUGCAAAUUCCAGUCUCGCUUUUUUAUGAGUUUUUUUCAGCAGUGGUGUCCUCCUUGGUCGUCUCCCAUGAAGUCCACUUUGGCUCAAACAACGACGAAUGGUGCCAUCUGACACUGAUGUACCUUGGCCUUGGAGUUCACCUUUAAUUUCUUUGGAGGUUGCUCUGGGCUCUUUGGAUACAAUUCGAACGAUCCGUCUCUUCAAUUUGUCAUCAAUUUUCCUCUUGCGGCCAUGUCCAGGGAGGUUGGCUACUGUCCCGUGGGUCUUGAACUUCUGAAUAAUAUGAGCCACUGUUGUCACAGGAGCAUCAAGCUGUUUAGAGAUGGCCUUAUAGCCUUUACCUUUAAGAUGUUUGUCUAUAAUUUUUUUUCGGAUGUCCUGGGACAAUUCUCUCCUUCGCUUUCUGUUGUCCAUGUUCAGUGUGGUACACACUUUUUCACCAAACAGCAGGGUGACUACUUGUCUCCCUUUAAAUAGGCAGACUGACUGAUUAUGAGUUUGGAAACACCUGUGAUGUCAAUUAAAUGACACACCUGAGUUAAUCAUGUCACUCUGGUCAAAUAGUUUUCAAUCUUUUAUAGAGGUACCAUCAUUUUUGUCCAGGCCUGUUUCAUUAGUUUGUUUUUUUAAAUAAUUAUGUUAAUCAACAAUUCAAAAGUAAUGGCUGUUUUUGAUUAUUUAAUUUUUAAUAAAUUUUUAUUUAUUGUUACUUUUGUGAGUUUCAAGUGAUUUCAGUGAGAAUUGUGGGUUUUUCCUUCUUUAACUGAGGGGUACCAACAAUUUUGUACACGUGUGUAGCUGCAAGACGAGAAGUGCUAAGCACCACGCGACUGUGUAGCCCAUAAAAUAUACAAUAAAACAAUAAAAUAAACAUCAAUAAAACAGCACUAAAAUGUAUCAUCUAAAAGUAAUAAAUUGUCACUAUGCCGCUCGGUAUGAAAAGCCAUUUUAAACGGGAAGGUUUUGAGUUGUGAUUUAAAAAGGCCCUGGCCAGUGAAGUUGCGCAUGUCGGGGAGCAGCCCAGAGCCUAGGUACAGCUACAGAGAACGCCUGGUCAACCCAUUGUUUGUAUUUAGACUUGGGUACUUCAAGCAGUCGCUAACUGGAAGACCUCAGAUCUCUUUUUUGGUUCUAUAAAGGUAAAAGCUCUGAUAAAUAAAGGUGAGCAGGACUGUUAAGAGCCUUAAAAACAAACAAUAAAAGUUUAUAAAGAAUUUUUGACUGGACUGGAAGCCACUGGAGAGUGUAAAGGACUGGGGUGAUGUUCUCAUGUCUGGGGGUGUUUGUUAAAAGAUGUGCUGCAGCAUUUUGCACAAGUUGGAGGUGGUGGAUAGAUGACUGGGAGAUGCCAAUGUAAAGUGCAUUGCAGUAGUCCAGUCUUGAACUGAUAAAAGCAUGAAUGUCUUUUUCAUGGUCAGUGUAUAUUAUCACAUUUAGUGCAAUCAGAAACCUGUUGUGUUGCACUUUUUUGAAUAUGACAACAGCAUGUUGUCUACAUAGUCAUAACAGAACUGUCAGUAUCAGGGUCAUCGACUACUCUGACAGUGUGCAUUCUUAAACUGAGGGAAAUCUGUUUAUAUUACUGAAGAAAUGUAUUAAGUACACUACACUAUGUAAUGACAUAGUGUACUGUAUUCCCAGCAUGACUGGAGCUGCUCUCUGACAAUAACCAAGUGACAGUGAAUUUUAGACAAUGUGUACAUCAGUAUGAGCUCAGAAAGAGAAUGUUCAACCUCUUUGUUAAAUAAACACGUUGAGUUUUACGUCAGUGACAUUAUUGUCUCUGUAAAGGUUAAUAUGUCCAACACAAUCACAUUAGCAUUAGGAAAGAAUUUAUUUGUGGGAAAGUCAAUCCUUUUCAUGCUAAUUAGCGCAAAAAGAACAGAAAAUCAAAGACUCAAAACAGGGGGAAACACCAAAACAUAUUUCUAUCAGUUUUACCUCUCCUCAGUCAGCGAGUAAAGUGCUUCACUCAGUAAAAAUGUUUUUUUCACAUCAGGAAACAGGAAUCAUUGGAACAAAUAAAUGGAGUUAUCCUAUUUUAUUUAUAAGGAGCUUGAAAACUGCCAGUAAGUUGUUGUUUCUUUCCUUUAAGCAACUGUUUACUGAUUAAAAUCAUGUACAGUUAAGCUAUUAGUAGCAUAUUCCCAUUGACUAGUGUUUUAGUGCUUAGCUGGCUGGGUACAGUUGUUCACCAUCUACACCAGUGAGCAGCUGGCAUGUCCUCCAGCCUCUUAUCUAAUGCAAAGAUGAAUUUAGCAGUGUACCUCUGUCUGGUGUGACCGGAUUUGAAUGCAGACUGAACUCUUACCAUGUAGCAGGGGCAAAAAGAGGUAAUACUCUUCACAGGGGACAGAAACAACUUAACUGAGUAAAUUCUGAAACAACAAACAUUUAACUUACAUGACUGAUUGCCUGUUUCAUUUCCUGUUUUUAUUUGUAGACAAUAUCAAGCAUGGCCAAUACCAGCUAACAUGAUAGAACAAUUACUAUUUUCUUGAUUGAAAACAAGUCCUGAAGUCUUCUCUCUAUUUUGUCUCUUAGAUGGCCAAUUUUGUGUCUUCUUUUUCAAAUUUUUAGCUGGUGGCAAAACCAUUUUCCCCCUUCUACUCUGUUAAUUAUGUCCAACAUAGCCAACACUGCCAACUUUUGACAGAAGUACACAGACUAGUUCAUUUGUCCCAGGGCAAUAAAUGGAAACAAGAAUAAUUCACGUUUUAUUUUUUAAAAUGUUUUGCAAAAUUUCAAAAAUAUGUUUUGAAUUUUCCAGACAGUUAUAUGAAAACUCACCUAGUGAAAUCCAGACCAUUAAAAUUCCUGUGGACUUUUUACUGUGAUGUUCCUUUUAAACAAUCCAUGUAUACAGUACAUAAGAAGUUUGGAUGCAUUGGGUGUUGGAUAGACUGUGAAAGCAAUAAACUAUUCAUUUUUCUUCCACCAGUCAUUCAGCCUCAUCUCUGAUGAUGGAAGGGGACCAAGAUAUUUGUACUGAUCAGGAUUCUGUAUUGCUACUAUUAGUACUAUUUAUGUUGUUAUGUUUUAGUUUUUUAUUAAUCUGUACCACAGUUGUUUUGUAUUGGCUCUUCUAUUGGCUCUAUAAAUGUCACCUGUACAUACAAAGAAA